UGGUUAUGUCUUUGAUUAUGAUUACUACAGAGAUGAUUUCUACAAUCGGUUGUUUGAUUACCAUGGUCGUGUCCCCCCACCACCUCGUGCAGUGAUUCCACUUAAACGCCCUCGUGUGGCUGUGACAACAACUCGCAGAGGCAAAGGGGUUUUCUCCAUGAAAGGAGCAUCACGAUCCACCUCAAGUGGGGCUUCUUCCUCAGGAUCCAAAUCACCCACCUGUCUUCCCCUGCCCCUUAUGUGGAGUGAUACUGUCCUUGGAAGCGUCACUGGAAGAGGAAGAGAAAGAUCAG